CGCCAUUACGCUGGCGAACUGUGCCGAGAUAGGUGGCUGGUGACGACCAUAGGAUUAUGCGAAGCGAACAAUAACACCAGUAUCAACGAUGUGGCAUUCGAAAGCUAUACUGCUGUGGUGCGGGGUUCUCAUCCGAGUCGUGUUCCCUAUGGAAGUCCAGCAUGAGUUCGAUAAACAUACUGAAGUUAACGUACAAUCUGAUUCUGUUCGAGGUCGACGAGGAGUUAUCGAAGAAGAAAAGUACUACAACAUGCAGUCCCAUCGACAAGACAUCAAUAUGAACAUGAACCAACCUUGGAUACCAGGACCCUUGCCGCCAGAAGACCCUACUACUAAAAUAUCCAUCACUAAUGAAGUCAAAGAAGUGUUACCUCUGUAUCAGACGACAGAGAGAGUGACUGACAAACCAACAGGUCGAGGAGCAAGAGCGUCUAAUGAAAACUGGAUCAAACUGCCUAUACCUGGUCAUGAUGAUCUCCAAAGGGAUCAGAGAGACCAAAGAGAUCAAAGAGAACAAAGGGAUCAAAGAGACAAUAUCCUCACUCCACCUCAACCUUCAGGCGAUCUGAUCAAUUCUAGAAUGCCAAGAGUAAACUUUGUCACUCAGAACAAAGCGUUAGAAGCUUCAGAAUCCCGAAACGACAAAGAAUCAGUGCAACGAUCGACAAGAACCGAUGAAAUCCGAACAGAAUUCGUAAGGCCCGAUGAAGACAGAGAUAGGGAUAGGAAUAAGUACAAACCAGUGUUCCCAAGACAAGCUGUUUACAAUCCGCCGAUUCCAGAAGAAUCUAGAAGGUUCUUCUAUGAUGAUAGAUACUACCCAGUUCCAGAUGAUCUGUAUCGCAGGGAUCCAUACUAUGAUAUGGUCGAUCGAAGACGCUACUACCCUUACUACGGUCCACGAGUGGAUAGAUAUGAUGAGCCUUAUGAUAACAUGGUACCUAGAAAACCGAAGAGGAUCAUUUAUUAUGCACACUUACCAGAGGUGGUCCGUACUCCUCCUAGUGUGGAUUUGAGGUACAGGUAUUCUGUAGACCCUUACAGGCGUUUUGAUGAUGAUGUUUACGCAAGGAAUGGAAGGUACGACUACAGAUUUAGAAGCAGGUAUCCCUACGCUCCUUUGAGAAAAGAUGAGAGGAAUUAUAGAGACUUGGCUGGAGCAGGCACUGUAGCUAAAGACAAGAAAAUAGAAGACAAAGUAACACCAACACCGAUUUUACCUCAAAAAGAAGACAAAUUCAAGACUUCAAUGAAUGCAAACAGAAAUCUUAUAAACAGCCAUCAGUACCACGAUAGCGCUGAUUCUUAUAAUGAACCAAUUUCACAUAAGAGUUACCCAGAUAUAGUUCGUGCAGAUACUACAUACUUUCGGUAUGAUGAGCCUCUUAUACACGGACCAGUCGACGAACCGUAUCAAAGAAAAUAUUAAAAUAAAUAAGUCGCCGUUUCUGGCUCGAUUUUCAAAAGAAAUCAAUUUGAAAAAAUAGCCACAAACGUCUAACCACGUAAAGCUAUUAACCUUCGACAGCAUUUAAUAUCGAUGUAGUAUUUAUUUUAGUAUCAGCCUGUAAUAUAAAAUUGAGUUUUUACAACUAUUUUGUGUCGCUAAUAAAUGUAAUA